CACGGAAAACCCGUUUGAGAGCGCGACAGGGCUCCCGCUUACAGCGCUAACACCGGAAUGCGCACGAGCCCUUCCUCCUCCUCUACUUCUCCCUUUUCUUUUCCUUCCUCUUCUUCUUUUUCUUUUUCCUCGCUGGAUAUUUUAUGGAAUCUGUGUGAUAAUAGUUGUUGUUGUGGUGGUGGUUGUGGCUGUUAGCCUACUGCUCUGGCUGGCUGCCGUUACCGUUAUUCACACCGCGACCGGCUCGUCUGUUGUGGCCGUAAAGGGGAAACACCACAACAACGGUCACCGACACCGGCGGCAGACCUGCCUCACUCUCUCCCUCCCUCCCCUCCGCCUCUCUCUGUCUGUCGGUGUUUCUCUGGCUGAAACGGCACGACAGAAGCAGAAAAAAAACAGAAAACACAAUUGAAAGCCGCCGGUCGCUUCCUUCAGCCCCACUCUGCCGAGCCCAACACAGACAGAAACAACAACAAACAACACAAAAGAUGAGUUCAUAUUUCGUCAACUCGCUCUUCUCCAAAUAUAAAAGCGGGGACUCGUUACGUCCGAACUACUACGAGUGCGGUUUCGCGCAGGACCUGGCCGGUAGCCGGCCCACCGUGGUGUACGGCCCGGGCUCCGGCGCCACCUUCCAGCACGCUCCGCAGAUCCAGGACUUCUACCACCACAGCGCCUCCACGCUGCCCAGCAAUCCGUAUCAGCAGAGCCCCUGCGCGGUCACAUGCCACGGCGAGCCGGGCAACUUCUACGGAUACGACGCCCUGCAGCGGCAGACGCUUUUCGGGGCCCAGGACGCGGAUCUGGUCCAGUACAGCGACUGUAAGCUGGGAGGUGCGCCUGGACUCAGCGGCGAGGACGCGGAGGGAACCGAGCAGAGCCCCUCACCGACGCAGCUGUUCCCCUGGAUGAGGCCACAAGUAGCUGCGGGCCGGAGGCGGGGCCGGCAGACCUACAGCCGCUACCAGACUCUGGAGCUGGAGAAGGAGUUCCUGUUCAACCCCUACCUGACCCGGAAACGCCGCAUAGAGGUGUCGCACGCGCUGGCGCUGACGGAGCGGCAGGUGAAGAUCUGGUUCCAGAACCGGAGGAUGAAGUGGAAGAAGGAGAACAACAAGGACAAGUUCCCCAGCAGCAAGAGCGAGCAGGAGGCGGUGGAGAGGGAGAGGAGGGAGAAGGAGCUGCGGGACGGCGGGGCAGGAAGAGGUGGCAGUGGAGGAGACGGUGAUGAUGGAGGAGGAGGAGGAGGAGGAGGAGGCGCGGUGCCGGUGGCGGGCACGGCGGGGUCACAGGCCUCCGUGAACGAGGAUUGCUGCGAGAAAACGCACAAGCAAAUUUAGGGAGGAAAGCGGCAAAAUUAAGGGGGGAGAAAGAGGAAGAGAG